AUGAGUACCGUCCAAUUCAUCUCCGACUGCCUGGCGCAGACGCACAUCAGGCUGAUGGCGACGUGCGAGGGGCUGACUACGGAGCAGAUGGCGUGGCGGCCCGCGCCGACGUCCAACAACAUCGGCUUCAUCCUCUGGCACAUGACGCGCAACGAGGACGCCCGCAUCAGCCGCACCGCCGGUCGGCAGGGCGACUACGAGCAGGACCUGUGGGUGUCGGGUGGGUGGUUCGAGCGAUUCGGACAGCAGGAGACGGCGCCGGACCCCGGCGACCGGCUGGGACUGCGCAGCCUUGCGAUCCCGGCGGCCGAGGUGCUGAUUUCGUACGCGGAGGCGGUGACCAGCCGGACGGUACGUUUUUUCGAGUUGCUGGAUGACUCGAGGCUGGCCGAGUUCAUGGGAGGCGGAGAACGGGACGAGACCGUGAGCGACUCACUGCGGCACGUUAUCGUCCACAAGAACAACCACCACGGCCAGAUCGACUACCUGCGAGGGGUGCAGGAAGAGGACUGGGACCUGACGCCCGGCACCGGGCGGAUACUGCCCGGCCGGUCGGCGUAG